AUUUACUAUGAGACAAUGGACAGAAGAGGACGGGCACUAACCAGGCUGCAUCUGGACAAGGCCACUUUAACAUGGAAUGGAAAUGUUGUCACAGGGCUGGAAGCCCUAAUUAAUUUUUUUGAGAUGUUGCUUUCUAGUGAAUUCCAGCUCAGUAUGUUAGAUUGCAAGCCAGUUCAUGAGCAAGCUACUCAGGCCCAGACUACAGUUCUUGUUGUGACCAGUGAAACUAUGAAGUUUGAUGGAAACAAACAACACUACUUCAACAAGAAUUUCCUGCUGACUGCUCAGCCUACUCCUAAUAAAAUCAUGUGGAAGACUACAAGUGACUGCUUCUGUUUUCAAGAUUGGGCUAGUAGUUAA